AUGGGCGUUCCGCAAAAGAAGGAGGUGCCGAAGGAGAGCGCCGUCAAAUCGAUUGAGCGCGGUAUCCGGGCUGUUUUCCUGGGUCCACCGGGCUCCGGAAAGGGCACCCAGGCCCCGAUCGUCGCCGACCGCUACGAGUCCUGCCAUCUAUCCACCGGCGAUUUGCUCAGGGCCGAGAUCGCUUCCGGGAGCACGCUGGGCAAAUCGCUGAAGGCGACGGUGGAAUCGGGGAAGCUGGUCAGCGACGACACGGUAUGCGAGCUGCUCGAGACGAAUCUCGACAAGCCAGCCUGCGCCAAGGGCUUCAUCCUCGACGGGUUCCCCAGAACCGCCGUUCAGGCGGAAAAGCUGGACACAAUGCUGGAGACGCGGAAGACGCCGCUGGACUGCGUCGUCGAGUUCGCCAUCGAUGACAAUCUACUCGUACGCCGCAUCACCGGCCGAAGAUUUCACAUUGCCAGCGGCAGAUCGUACCACGUCGACUUCAACCCCCCAAAGGUGGCCGGCAAAGAUGACGUGACCGGCGAGCCGCUGAUCAAACGAGCCGACGACAACGAGGAGACGCUGCGCAAGCGGCUUGGCCAAUUCCACGAUAUGACAUCACCGCUCGUCGCCUACUACCAGAAGCGCGGCAUCCACACCGCCUUCGAUGCCUCCAGGCCCAUCAAGGAUGUCGCCGCCGACAUUGACGCGCUCUUCAUGAAGUUUACGAAGAACAAGGAUCGCCGCGCGUUCGCC